UUGUUUUUUUUGGGUCGAUGCCUGGCAUUUGUGAGUGUUUUGUGUGUCUCUGUGUUCGCCUGUGGGUGUUUUGUUAGGCAUUGGGAGAUACGGAUAGGUAGGCCGGGACACAGGAACUCUGGGGAGAGGGAAAAAAUCAUGGAAGAUACGACCUAGAACUAAGAGAACCAAUUUAGAACUAAGAGGACCAACCUAGAGCUAAGAGAAUGAGAGAACCAACCUACAACUAAGAGAAUGUGAGAACCAAAGACCUAAGAGAACAAAAGAACCAAUCUAGAACUAGAGAACCAACCUAGAACUAAAAGAACUAGAGAACCAACCUAGAACUAAGGGAACUAGAGAAUCAACCUAGAACUAAGGGAACUAGAGAACCAACCUAGAACUAAGGGAACUAGAGAACCAACCUAGAGCUAAGAGAAUGAGAGAACCAAUUUAGAACUAAGAGAACAAGAGACCCAACCUAGAACUAAGAAAAUGAAAGAACCAAUCUAGAACUAGAGAACCAACCUAGAACUAAAAGAACAAGAGAACCAACCUAGAACUAAGAGAACUAGAGAACCAACCCAGAUCUAAGAGAACUAGAGAACCAACCCAGAACUAAGAGAACUAGAGAACCAACCUAGAACUAAGGGAACUAGAGAACCAACCCAGAACUAAGGGAACUAGAGAACCAACCCAGAACUAAGAGAACUAGAUGAACCAACUUAGAACUAAGGGAAUUAGAGAACCCGGGAACUCUUGUUCUCUUGUUCUCUUAAUUCUAGGUUGCUUCUCUUGUUCUCUUAGUUCUAGGUUGGUUCUUGUUCUCUUGGUUCUAGGUUGGUUCUCUAGUUCCCUUAGUUCUAGGUUGGUUCUCUCGUUCUCUUAGUUCUGGGUUGGUUCUCUCGUUCUCCUAGUUCUAAAUUAUCUAAUCUUAUAUCUAAGAUAAGCCAGCCUACACCUCCCCUUCAUCUACCCGAACAGGGAUCAUUCCCCUCCCACCAGCUAGCUAGCUAGAGCAAAGGGAUAACCUAACCAGAGGGGCUCGGAAGUCCUGUUUCCCUUUGCUCAGAGCCCAGGUGAAUUCAAAUUUUUGCUCUUCCUCCACCACUGAAUAAGACGAUUAGGAAAGAACCUCAGAAGCUGAAGAGGGAGCUGAUUCACUCCUUCCUGUGGCGAGAGAGGCUGAUCGAGAGAGACACACGCCGAGCCACAGAAGAUGAAAAGGCUGCCAGUUUCUUGGAGCGAUGUGAGUAGAUCAAUUGAAAUGAAAUACUGAACAAUCAACUGCAGGAGCUUUCGGAAUGUCCAUCUGCGGCAGAAAAAACAGCUCGCCCCCUCGAAUUUGCAGCUUCCUUUUCGUCUUUACGUUGUUCCUUGUGUCGUAUUAUUGGAAGAAGAGCCAAAGCUGGGAUCCGUUGAACGAAAAUGUCAAGGAAGGGAAAUGGCCUGGCAGUUUUUGCAAAGGCCGGCUCGCCAACGGUACAAUCACCCCACUCCAGGAUAAACACAGUUUUAUCAUCACCCCUUAUUCUGACAAGCGACAGGAAAAUCUCAUCCGGGUCCUGAGCAUUAUCCACCAUCAAAAAGUCCGCAAGCUUUACUGCAUCUUUUGCUGCGAGAACAGCCAGAUGAUUGAGGUCGUCCGAGGAAAAAUCGAUGUCCACAAAGACCGCUUCGGUUUCCCAUACGGCACCGCAGAUCUGCUUUGUCUUCAGCUGGAAGACUGCGAAGCUCACUUCAUUUCUGUCCACCCCGGGAAUCCCAACCUGGAAUUGACCCACCUGCCCCUAUUUCCCAUCCGAAACCUCUAUCCAGAGGAGCCCUCUGUGGACUUCACGAUCUGCAUGUCUACCAUGUUUGGGAAAUACAACAACGUCUUGCAGUUCGUACAGUCCCUGGAGUUGUACAGGCUUCUGGGGGCCCAAAGAGUGAUGAUAUACAAGAACAGUUGCAGCCCCCUCAUGGACAAAGUUCUCGACUAUUACAUCUCCCAAGGCAUCGUGGAAAUUAUUCCUUGGCCCAUCGAUUUGUACCUGAACAUUUCGACCCGCUGGCAUUACUCCAUGGAAGGGAAAGAUUUGGGCUACUAUGGGCAAAUCGCAGCCUUGAACGACUGUGUUUACUACAACAUGUUUAAAAGCAAAUAUGUCUUGCUGAUUGACCCCGAUGAAGUUAUUCUUCCCUUGAAGGAUGCAGACUGGAAGUCCCUAAUGGAAAGAUUGGAAAAGGAACAUCCAGGAGUUGGGAUUUUCCGUUUCGAAAACCAGAAUUUCCGUCACACCGUGUUCUCCGAGACUCCUUUCAACUUUUCGUCCUGGACAACGGUGCCGGGGUUUAACGUCUUUGAACACAUCCACAAGGAACCUAAAGACGUUCGCAGCUUCAAUGCCAUGAAAAUGAUUCUGGAUCCAACCAAAGUCAUUCAGACCUCGGUCCAUUCUGUUCUCAAGCUGUAUGGAGGCUCCCUUGAAGUCGCCAAUGAUCUCGCCUUUAACCUCCACUGCAGGAGCCCCAUACGUAGGAACUUGCCCGAUAGCGCUUUGAUUCGAGACCCAGUCUUCUGGAGAUACAACAAAACUUUGAUCCCCAGAGUGAACGAUGUCUUAUUUAAAUCCGGGAUUUUAGGAGCCGGUGACCCGGCACAAAAGCAAAAAAGUUGAAGCCUUAGUAAAUUGCAUCAGUGUGUGUCUGUGCAUGGUUGUGUGUGUGUGUACACUCACAUCUAUAUUGUCAAGUGUGAACAAGUAGAUCCACACAUGAAAAGUGGAUAGGAAUCAUCUCAGUCUUACCCAGGGUAAGGCUAGAUAAGGUUCAAUGGGAGAGUUCACCUGCUUGUGUCCAUAUAGGGAUUCCAGACUAAUUCCCUGCUUGACUCUGCCCCAAGCUAGGCCAGUCUCUCUCCAACAUACACACAGACAACUAUGCACAGAAACAGUUGUUAAAUUAGCAACCCGGUUAUUAAGUGAAUCCGGCUUUCCCUAUUGACCUUGCAUUUAAGUAGCGAUUGGUGUGUGUUUUUUUCUGGUAGAUGGUGCGUCCUAGGGAGCCGUUGGGUUUUUUGUAGAUUAGGUCAUCCAGAAAGGAGAGUUGGUUGUUAGCUUCUAUUUCUAUAGUAAAUUGUAUGUUGGGGUGUAGGCUGUUGAGAUGUGUGAGGAAGUUGGCCAGUUUUUCCUUUCCGUGUGGCCAAAUUACGAAAGUCUCAUCUACAUAUGUAAGCCAGAGUUUGGGUUUGUGUUCAGAUUUAUCUAAAACGUUGAUUUCAAAGUGUUUCAUGUAUAGGUUUGCGAUGACGGGUGAGAGAGGUGAUCCUAUAGGUGCUCCUUCUAUCUGUUUGUAUCUUUGUCCAUUGUAGAUGAAGUAUGUGUUGGUUAGGCAGUGGUUGGUCAGAUCUAGGAUGUGCUUAGGGGUGUUGUAUUUGUUUUGGAUAGCUGUCAAGGCUUCUUUAAUAGAUACUUGGGUGAAGAGGGAUAUGACAUCGAAGCUCACGAGUCGGUCGCUGAAUUGUAGGUUUUGUUUCUUUAUUGUUUCUGUGAAGUGGAAUGAGUUUUGUACAUGUGAAGUGAUGGAUUCUGCGUGGGGCUGAAGUUAUUUGGCAAGAAAUUUGGCAAGAUUCUGUAGAGGUGAGCCUAUGGAGCUGACUAUGGGUCUGAGAGCUUGAGGCAUCUGGAUGAUUUCUCUCUGGGGAUGAUUCUUUGCUGGAUCUCUUCACUGAUGGGAGAGGCUUUUAUUUUGGAUUUGGUGGGACAAUCUAGAACUAGGAGAACGAUAGAACCAACCUAGAACUAAGAGAACAAGAGAACCAACUUAACGGUGAGAGCAGUCAACUAAUGGAUCAGCUUGCCUUCAGAAGUUAUGGGUGCUCCAUCACUGGAGGUUGUGAAGAAGAGAUUGGAAGAAGGGAUUGUAUGUCUGGAAUGGUUUAGGGUCUCCUGCUUGAGCAGGGAGCUGGACUAGAAGACCUCCAAGGUCCCUUCUGCCUCUGUUACUCUGUUAUUCUGAAUUGGGGAGGGGGGAUAUGAGUCUUGGGGGGACCUAAGGGACCCAAUGAGGCACAGGGGUAGAUAAGAUGGGUAGCUGGGCUCGGAGACACCCAGAGAAGGAUCCCAGUGUCUGGUCCUAAGCAAUCACCUACAGGACGAAGUAAGCCAAUCCAUAAUCACCUGGACUCUGUUGCUGUUUUGGAACACCAGGUUAAGUGUGUCAAAGUAAGUGUAAAAACUCUGCCCUAAACCACAAACUAAGAACAUGCACCAGGGUGCCAGCCUGGCCUGAAUAAUUGAGAUGUGGGUGGUCUUGCGGAAGGGGGCGAUUGACUCUCUGGGCUCUCAAAAAACAUCAGGCUGUUUAAGAGACGACGUAACGCACAACAAAGCCCCCAUCAUUGGAAUGUGGCAUAACACCAUCCUUUUUUUUCUUGGCACAGAGCCAAGCGAAUGGGCCAGAAACUUAGGGUUUCCCUAGAAAAAAAAAGAGACGACGUAAUGUCCAACAGAAGAUGACAUCAUUGGAAUAUGGCAUUACGUCGCCACCUUUUUCCCCCCUGGUCCCUGGCUGGCACGGAGUCAACCAAAAACCCUAGAACCCUUGGAUUUAGCCAGGACUAAAAGAUGACGUAAUGCCCAAGAAAGACGACCUCAUUGGAGUGGGGCAUUACGUCACCCUUUUCUUUCCCUGGUCACCAGGUGGUAAAUGCCAGGCAGGAGCCAGGCUACCUGGUGGCCAAGGCAAGGCAAGGGGAAGGCAUGGUGAUGUUUCCCUGGCACACAGGGGCCCUUGAUGGGACCUGGCCCUGUGCCUGUACUGUAUAGCUUUACCAUUGAUCAACAAUUCUCUUUACCUUCCCAGAUCAGAACAAUUUGUUCCCUAUGACUAUCCUUAAGUGUUCUACCUUAUGAUUCUUGACGAAUGUGUCUUUUCUUUUAUGUACACUGAGAGCAUAUGCAACAAGACAAAUUCCUUGCGUGUCCAAUCACCCUUGACCAAUAAAGAAUUCUAUUCUAUCGGAACAAAGGAGGAGAAAAGAAACAAACACCCGAGCCAUUUAUUUAUUUAUUUUUACAUUAAAGUUUUUGCUUUAUUUAGUGAAACAGUUAUUAUCAAUGUAACAAGCUGAAAAAUGCAGCAAUCCGAUAAGAAGGCUGAGGUAACAAAAUACUUUGCCAGAAGAAGAAGAAAAAAAACAAAAGAAAAAUUUAAAAAAAGACUUCCCCAGGAGGGUGAAAAAACGUCCGUAGUUUUAUCUGGAAUUAAAUUAAAAUAGUGCAACUAGGUCUCACUGAGGAAAUUGACAAAUUGUCGUUGUGGAAAUCGACGGACGGGGACCGUUUUUUCCCCCCAAAAGUGGCUAAACGGCGGUCAGUCCCAAAAGAGCGACUUGUCCCGGGCUGGACAGGGUAGGUCAGGUUUCAAAGGCAAAAAUAAAAAUAAAAAUAAAAUAA